CUUUCAGUGAAUGACGAAACAUGGUGAUGAAACCGCGUGUUGCAAAGCUCUUGCUGUGUGCUGUGCCUGUUGGAAAACUUCUUGGGUGUUGGUGUGUAUGUAGAAGAUUGUGCGUCCAUCCUAUCCCACAUCCAUUAGUGCCGUCACCUAAUAGCACCUGUACGUACAUCUCGGGCAGGUGCUAGAGGAAAAACUGUCCACCGUUCGUUAGUGGCGACUAUAUGCAUGUCUAAUAAAUAAUUCUCCUUUCUCACGGCAGCUGGUUACGUUUUGUGCGGGGGUUUUUUAAGUGUAACAGAAGAGAGUAUGUAUAUGUGGGGUGAUGCGUACGCUCCAAAAAUGAUUUGAAUAUACGUAUGAAUGAAUUUUCCGAUUCCACAUCCAUUACACGUAGCUUGUAUUCAAGCACCUGUCACGUGAUUUUAUGUGGAAUAAGAUUGCUUUUCCUUUGUGUUAUUUGUGCAAUAUAAAGGUAUGGCAAAAAGGCUAGAAAAGCAUCCGGAUUAAUGAGUUUUUUUUAAUUAAUAAUAUAUGCAACUUUUCUAUUGUAUCUCCCGAGAGUAAAUUUUCAUUAGUUCUUUCUGUUUUUCCCUAUUUGUUCUAUCAAAACGUUUCUUUGUACACUAUGUGCAAUAUGCGAGUCUGUUGUGUGGGCAUGCACGCAUCCCUUCAUAAACACAAAUUUAUUUAAUUCCCAUUGAUUCUCCCAUCGCCAAACCGAUCUAGUAGGCCUUCGGCUUUGACGUUGGCGAAGUGUAGGCCGAAGUAAAAGCUUUUCACGCUUUCCACAAUGCCUGUUUGAUUCAUGCUGCAUAAAUCCUGCACAUAGCAAACACAACCAAACGCAACAUAAUGAGCGCACACGCACACUUUGUACGCUUCCAACACUAUCGCACAUUUACUACACAAGCACAGUAGCAUUCGUACGCUCCUGCCGGGAGAGAAUCGUGGAGCUUUAGCUGUACUGCGAGAGGUGUUCGCUCGCAUUUUCCGCUCCCAAAAAGCUUUCUUAGCGAGUAACCUCAAUUGGUGUUAACUGCCUCUGCCUGCAAACUUACUGAUUGGUAGUAGUGAUCUGGUGAAGUUUCUUGACACCACAGUCCUUUCGAACACCGUUCGGUACUUCGGUCGUGUGAACUUUUCCUCAGCUCGCUUUUCAACGUAAAACCCGCGUGGUGCCAUUAAAACUGAGCUCAAUUUCGAACCAUCAGCAGCUCUAGUGCAGCCUCUACGCAUUCCUGUGUUAACAAAUCCUCGUUAAUACGUGUAUCCACAGUGCACUGAAACAGCGCCAUUUAAGUGAUAUUUCUGUGAAUGUGUGUGUGUGUGUGUUCGUGAUAAUACAGUGAACGUGUUGUAAAAGUGUGUUGUAUAAUAAUUCACAGUGUAGUACGAAGAUAGUAAUACCCACGGAGUGAAGCCAUCACGUUCUAAAUCGUGAAGUAUUGUUGAGUUUCAUCUUGACAAUUCCGCGUAAGGCAAAGAGUAAAAAUAAAGGCUCUUGUCCAGUGUGUGCGCGCGUGUGAUUGUGUGCACAUAUUCGUUUUGCUGAGCAUAGUGCCUAGUGGAGAGCACUGUGGAGAGAAAGAGAUAAAUUUUGAGACAUUACGGGAAAAUAAAAAUCUUCCACCAUUUUCUCCAAAGGCGAAAACAUGGCAUUUGCGGGCCUAAAAAAGCAAAUUAAUAAAGCAAAUCAGUAUGUCACUGAAAAGAUGGGAGGUGCUGAAGGCACCAAACUCGACCUGGAUUUCAUGGAGAUGGAGCGUAAAACGGAUGUCACAGUCGAGCUAGUCGAAGAGUUGCAAGCCAAGACCAAAGAGUACUUGCAACCGAACCCGACGGCUAGAGCGAAGAUGGCAGCGGUCAAAGGUAUUUCUAAAUUAUCAGGUCAGGCUAAAAGUAAUACUUAUCCACAACCAGAAGGUAUAUUGGCUGACUGUAUGCUGACGUAUGGUAAAAAGCUGGGUGAGGACAGUAUUUUCGCGUCGGCGUUGGUUGAAAUGGGCGAUUCGCUCAAGCAGAUGGCUGACGUGAAAUACUCGCUCGAUGAUAACAUCAAACAAAACUUCCUCGAACCGCUCCAUCAGCUACAGACGAAGGAUUUGAAGGAAGUGAUGCACCAUCGUAAAAAACUCCAAGGCAGACGUCUUGAUUUCGAUUGCAAGAAAAGGCGACAAGCCAAAGGAUCUCAAAUUACAGAUGAUGAAAUUAGGAGCGCUGAGGAGAAAUUUGCCGAAUCGCUACAGCUCGCACAGGUUGGAAUGUACAAUCUGUUGGAGAAUGAUGUCGAGCAAGUCUCGCAGCUGGUAACAUUCGCUGAGGGAAUGCUCGAUUAUCAUUCUCAAUGUUCUGAAAUAUUGAAGGUAUUGGUGGAAACACUAAAUGAAAAACGUGAAGAAGCCGCAGCAAGGCCAAAGUCCGAAUUCGUCCCCAAGACGCUUGCCGAUCUGAACAUCGAAAUGCUCGGUUCGCAGGAUGGAAUGAACGGUGGGCCCCAUUUCCUUAAUCCCAAUAGAUUGAACAAUUCCCAUCACCACAUGUACAGCUCCCAGCAAAAUCUGUCCAAUAACAAAAACCACUCUUCCAACCACAACAACAAUAGUAGCCACUUUAACCGCAACCGACUGUACGGCUCGCAGCAGAGCCUGGCGUCGACACGGAGCGGUGGUACCUCGAGCGCAUUUAGUGGUGUAGGUGGCAGAACAGGAGACACGAGCGGCAUUGGUAGUAUUAGUAGUGCCGAUGGGUCUGACAUGCGCCCGCCGUCUUACGGAACGUCCGUAGACAGCUGGUUAAACGCAUGGGAUCAACCGAAUAGUGGGGAGUUUGCCGGAAACGGUAACAGUGGUUUUGGUGCAGGGUCUAAGCCGGGCAAGAUUACUGCAACCAACAGCGGUACCAGCAGUCGGUAUAAUAAUAAAAGCAGUAACAGUACGAUGUACAGUACCGCUACUACCAAUAGCACCGCAAUGUUUGCUAACAACAACAACUUCAGUGUACCUUGGUCAGCAUCACCAUUGCCAUCACCGAUGCGCUCGCCUGCAAGAACACCAAUGCCAACAAAACCCACACAACCGUGCUGCACAGCGCUGUAUGACUUUGAGCCAGAAAACCCUGGAGAGUUGGGUUUCAAGGAAAAUGAUGUCAUUACUCUCAUUCAGCGCGUCGAUGAAAAUUGGUUUGAGGGCAGCUUGAAUGGAAGGAACGGCUAUUUCCCCCAGUCGUAUGUACAGGUGACCGUGCCACUGCCCAGCAAUUAAGCCACAUCCAUCAGGUUAUUACUCAAAUAAUAUGUUAAACUUACGAAAAAGAAAACACGCAAACAAAUAUUAAUUAAAAGACGCAGAACAGCGCGCACUCGCGGCGAAACAUGGUCGAGAAAUCGUUGGGUAAAGUUUGUUGGCUCACGUUAAAAAAGGUAGCAGUAUAUUUACUCAGUUGAGUUUGGCAGGAACAGGAACCGAAAAUCAAAGCAUUGUUUUUUCGAAUCCGAACAAACAUGCCUGGGAUUGAUACGCAAUACACACAUCGGAAUAGCUAGCGCCAAAUCGUCACAGUGGAACUAAAACAUUCAUUAAUAAUCUAUUAACCUAAGUCUCCUCCAACAAAUUUUAGUCUUCAAGCUAUGAAACUAGUUUACAUGCAAUGGAAUCACUGCUAGGACGAACAAAAGAUGCAAACAAACAAACCCGUUCCUCACUUCCGAUAUGUCUAAAUCUAACACAUGAGAGUAACACACAUACAGUAAGGACAGGCAUAGGAUCUAUUGUAUGAUUUGACUUACCACAACCCUUUAAAAACAUUCACAUAACAAUUAACGUAACGAGUGUGAGAGGAUUGAACUUAUAUGGCCAUUAUGUGUUGCAAAUGAGUGAACAUUUUACGGUCUCAAACAUGAAACGUUAUCCCCCUCAUCCCCCUAAUUCGGGGUUCGAUGCGAACUUUUAAUCGAACGAUCAUUUUAUUUAGCAAAAACCAUCACUUUUAACUGCAAACGAAAACGCAAACUCGUGCACCAUAAUUUUAAUUUCGUGACCGAAUUCACCUAACGUUCUCCAACAUUGUACGUAGUAGUGUGGUAGAAGCUGUGUUUGGUUUCACGUGGGCAAAGGUAAGCCCAGUUUCAAAAAUUAUUCUACGUACGUUUAUCCAGUUAGAGCCAAGGACGUUAGUACAUGAUCGAUUGGGGUUUGGUAGGAUGUUGCUGUAUUUAUAGUGAAAACAUCCAUGUUUGCCAUAUAGACAGAGAGAGAAAGAAUGCAUUGGAUAAAAGUUAUGAGAUUAAUUUAGGAGAAAAAAGUUAUGUUUGUUACAGCUGCACGUGGCUUCGGCCGUACCGUAUCAUGUAUGCCGUGUUAUAUUUGCUUUAGUAAUUGAAGUUCGAAGAAACGUUCUAAGAGCGUUUCGUUGAUAUUUUAACACAUCACCUCAUCCAAUGUUAGAAGCAUCAUCAUGUUGAGUAUAUGUUUGCUGGCUUUUAAGUAUUUCAAAUGAAGUAAUAUGUUACAUUGUUUUACUACAGACAUUACGGUUAUGAGAGCUCUCUUAUUAGGAAGUCGGGACGAAAGCUAACAGAAUGGUAGAAAGCUUACUGUUCUCGGCCAUUAGUUGUAGAAAAAGCAAGAUGGAAAGCAAGCUUUGUUUCUGGUUAUCUGAUCAGUAAGCAAUAGAAAUCAGUGCAAACAUUUCAUUGUUUGAUUGAUGAAUAUUGUUUUUUUAUCUAACUUUAAUUAAGCUAUGGAGUCGCUAAUAGAUAUGCGUGCAUGCAACCACAAUUGUAUCAAUAUUGUUCCGUUGAUAUGAAGUAAGAAGUAUACACAUAUCUAGUUAGUGUAUGUGCUUGGUUAGUUGUUGUUUUUUUACCUCCAUCACUUCAUUAUAGAGCCUUUUGGCGAGUUAGUGGUACUACUACAAUAUCCCGAAAACUAUAUAAUGUUGCUCAAUGCCGAACAAUUGAACAAGGGAAAAGUUCUAACUGAUGUCUUAGUAUCGUGCAUCAUGCAUGUAUCCGUUUAAACCACUAACUUUAUGUUUUGAAUUCCGUUCACCUUAACAGUUUUAUGAGCGUACAAAAGCUUCGCUUACAUACUAGUAUAGAACGAACGUUUAGUGUCUGUAUUAUUUAGCAAUUGGCACACGAUUGUUUCGGUUAACAUAUUUGUUGCUGUUUUGCACACUGAUGCUAGGAAGCCGUAUUCCUCGUUGUUUGCCAACGCGUUGCUCUAAUAUUAUAAUGAUAAGAAAAGCAUAAGUUAACGUGAUACCGGCUUAGAGUAUUAUUUGUACAGAUGGGGCGAUUUGUAUGUUACUUUUAGAAUCCUACUUUUAGCAUAAUUAACUCAGAGUCAUUAGUUAUGAUAAAGUGAACAUUGUUUAAACAAUCUGCAUUUAUGUUGUUUUCAGUUGUUUUUUCUUCUUUUCAUUUAUUGUUCUAUUAUUCGAUAAUUAAAGUAAGAAAUUAGGCGUCCGAAAUACUAUUCUCGACAUGGGCAGGGUUUUCAGGGGCCUGCAGCAUUAAUAUCAGAGUUUUUGUUUUUAAUAAUUGUAGCGCUGAUUGUUUUAUUUGCUUUGAACGAAUUAAUUUGUUUGUGUUACACUAAACCGAUCCAUCCAUAGUGUUGUUUUUUAUUUUUGUUCUCCUUGAUUCAAUCUAAUUUCUGAUUGGAAGAAACACUGGUAAAGCCAAUACGCCAACCAGUCAGGAGAUGUGGCAAAUGAAGUAAGAAACAGGAACGAAGUACGGAGAUACGGAAACAAGCAUAACACAAGUGACUAGUGCCCGAAAGUUCUUAGACAUUUAUUUACUAACGUACACCGAACUAUCAAAGCCUAUGAAUCCUCUUGAACUAAUAUUAGUGCAAUGAUAUUGACAUUUAAAGUAUAUACAACCAAAGAUAUUUACCCUUCGAAGCGCGAAAUAGAGUCUAUUAACGAUAACCACCAGUUGUAACGACGAUGGCUCCCCGCAUCAUGCAAAAGAUACACGUUGAUUCGGACGGAACAUGCGAGUGCCCAUCGGCUAUAUUGUUGCGGCGUGAUGGUGAAUGAUGUGAUGGGAACUCUAGCAGAACUAUAUAUAUAUAUACAUAUAUGUAUUUACAAAACAACAAAAACUCUACAUGUCCAAACGCUUACGAAGAUCAGAAUGAAGUAAAAUGUUAUCUUGCUGAUUGGCAACGUGUGCAGAUAUAGGUAGGGUUAUCAAUUCUUAUUCGCGCCCACACUGUUGCUGUGCGUGUUUCGAGGGACACCUAAAAACUAAGACUCUUUUUCUCAUAUCUUCUAGCUUUAUAAGCUUCGUAAUCGUUGUUAACCGUGGUUCUUGUGUAACUUUUCCACUUUUUACUUUCGAUGUUCCUUAGGAAACGCCCAAUGAACAUGAACAUGUGUGUGCAUAAGAAAGGUGUACACUGCAGAAUGGUGCGAUGAUGAAACUAUUCAUUAGUUUCAACAUUUUUCCACAUCAACACAUGUUAAUCUGAUCUUCUUUACUCACACUAAACGUGUAAAACAACUACAACAAAACAAAGAACAAAAGCACGAUAAUAUUGUGUACAUAAUAAACAUCACAGGAAUUUCAAGUGUGGAAAUCAUAUUUGGAAGAAGUUACAUGCACCCCGUCACUUAUGCUUGUGGCGUGAGGCACAAAAUGCAGAAGUACAUACGUUAGAACUCACUACAGAAGUAUAGCGAUGUGAAUAGAAUCACGCAAAACAAACAAAAAAAAACCCCAAAACAACCAUAACACACAAAUCAUGCACAAAACAACAUUUCACACUAAUGCAAAUAUUUCGUUACGCGUAGCCAACGAACGUGAAAGUGUAGUAGAAAAUAACAAAACAGCAGUGCAAUUACGCUGAACUGAUGAUCGGUACAGAACUAAAUGUAGAAGCGCAAUACUCCUACGGUAACUGUUUCCGUAGGACACAAAUCAAGCACCUUCAAAUUACAAAUGAUCAAAAUCAAACCACUAUAAAACAAUAGCAAACACAUUAGUAAUGGCUCCACUUCGACACAGGGUGUAUCAGUGUAUUAAUUCACAUUGAAAUUUUUUCGUUGAUUUUUUAUUGCUCGUACAUAUUAGCGGAGUAACCCUGCAUUAGUACUACGUUACGCUGUAAACAUGCGUGCGUGUGGCUUGCAAAGAAUAAGUAUCCCAACAAUUAAUUAAUUACAUGCCUUCCAGUCGAGCGACAUUAAAUAAUAAAAUUUCAUGGAUUUAGUGGAUUAUUUAUAAUUUAAUUCUGUUUUAUAAAUUUGUUUGCAUUGCUUUACGAAUUGUUUCACAAAUCAUAAAUCAGUUUAGUUAUGCUCUACAGCACACUUAAUCCAUUUAGAGCGAAAAGAUUGAGCACGAUCGGAGCAGUUUCAGCUUCUCGAUCGGUCAAACUAGAUCGAUUGAAACGAAACGAAUGUCAAACAAUACUAAAACACUUUGAAAUAUCAUCUUAAAGGACAAUACAUAGUUGUUAAAGUAACAUAUAUGGAGCAAAUUGGGAUGAAGGAUAAUUAUGAAAUGGCGAAAAACAACUAAACAAUCUUUAAGGUUUACAACUUUAAGUGGAAUUAAACGGUAGAAUUAGCAAUGAGAAAAACGGAAGAAAAGAUAGGAUGGUAAUUUUAGCUGGCAGAUAGCAUGGGCUUGAUGCAGGUAGAAUGUUAGCAAGGUCAUAGAAAAAGAGAAGUAGAGAAAGAGAAAGAGAGAGAGUGAAAGAAAAAAACAAAGAAUGGUUAUAACACUCGUAAAUAAUUAAAUACAUUAUAUUUGAAUCGUAAAAACAUAUAAAGCAACAGCAAAUGAGAUGAAUGGCAUGCAAAACAUGUACCAUGUGUCUGUGGAUGUGCAUAUACGACUAAUGGUGGAAAGAUUCAUCUGAUUGAAGUAUAAAUAUUACCUUUACUUCUGUGUUGUUUUACCCGCACGGCAGAAAGAUCACACAGAAUGAUGAUCGAACGACGAAGCGUGUGCAAAUAUUACAUGUAGAUUACACCCGGAAUGCAAUCGUCUAGAGGUGGGAAGAUGAAUGUAUUGAUGAUUGAAAAGCUACUCAAUAAAACGGUUCUUGAAACAUUGAA